AUGUUGGGUAUCCGGGGUUAUAGUGCUGUGGUGAGACGUGGUGCGGUGAGAGUGCCGUUGAGGGUUCCGGCUGUGGGUUUGAGACGUUAUGCUACCGAGAAUCCUGAGGCAGGUAAACCGGUGAAAGCGGUGAAAGAGCCUUUGAUGCAACGUAUUCGUCAUGAAGUUAAACAUUAUGUGAAUGGUACCAAGCUGCUCGGUUAUGAGCUCAAGAUCUCAACGAAACUGUUGGUGAGAUUUGUGCAGGGUUAUGAGUUAUCGAGACGUGAGACUAACCAAUUGAAGAGAACCAUGGGUGAUAUCUUUCGUUUGGUGCCGUUCAGUGCAUUUUUGAUUAUCCCGUUUGCUGAAUUGUUGCUUCCUGUUGCCUUGAAGAUCUUUCCUAAUUUGCUUCCUUCGACCUAUGAGUCUGGUACAGACAAGCAGAAGAAACGGAAUAAACUGAUUGAAAUUAGAAAGAAAACUUCGGAUUUCUUGCAUGAAACAUUAGAAGAGUCUUCGCUAUUGAGUUAUAGUUCGAUUGAUAAUUCGGAAAAGAAAAAGAGGUUUUACCAAUUCUUCAAGAAACUAUACUCGCCUAAGGAUGGUAAGACUAAUUUGUUUACACACGAUGAAAUUUUGUCCGUAGCGCAAAUGUUCAAGAAUGAUACCGUGUUGGAUAACUUGUCUAGACCACAGUUGGUCGCUAUGGCUAAAUUCAUCUCUGUUACACCUUUUGGGAAUGACAAUAUGUUGCGUUACCAGAUCCGUCACAAGUUGAAGCAGAUUAUGGAAGACGACAAAGUGAUCGACUACGAAGGUGUCGACGUCUUGUCAAAGGAAGAAUUAUAUCAUGCGUGUGUCUCUCGUGGUGUCAAAGCUUACGGUGUUACCAAAGAAGAGCUGAUCGAAUAUUUGAAAGUUUGGUUAGACUUGAGACUGAGACACAAGGUUCCAUCUGUUCUCUUAGUUUUGAGUUCCACGUUUACUUUUGGUGGUCUUGAAAAGAAGCAAGAGAUGAAGGCCAUCAGUCCACAGGCCGAGGAAAAAGACGUCAAAAGCCGUUACGAUGAAUUGCUCGACCUGUAUUAUGAUGGUAUUUUGAGAGUCUUGAGCUCUAUACCGGAUCCUGUUUACAAUGUGGCCAAAUUGGAUGUUUCCGAGUCCAAAUCAGCACCUGAAGAGGCUGAAACGAAAAAAGAGACAACGCAACAACCACCAAAAACCACACCAGUCGUGGCUACUCAGGCCGCUAGUCCUGAAUUGACCGAUUCAAGUGCAAAGAUCCAAGAGACAGAGACCAAGGAACAAGAAGAAGAAGCUGUGCCAAAGACUGACGAAAACGAAUUCAAACUGAACGUAUUGAAGGAGCAAGAAGAACUGAUCAAGAAGGAAAAAGAGGAGGCCAAGAACAGAACUUCGGCACCUGUCCAGGAUGAUAUCACUUUGGAUGAGGAUGAGACGGCUAAACCACCAAUCCCUGCAGACCAAGCUCAGCCAACUGCUGUCACCAAGAAGGACUAA